AUAAAUUCAUAAUCUGCUGCAGUUGCCUAUGUUUUAGGAUUAUUAAUACAAACAUUUUAUCAUUGUUAAAUACAUAAAUUAAUUGUAGGCUUUUAUGUUGUUUUAGAUAUGGAUAAGGAAGAUGCCCUGAUCUGUUUUGAAGAACAUAUCCGUGCCCUGGAAAAAGAAGAGGAAGAGGAAAAACAGAAAAGUUUGCUUAGAGAUAGGCGGCGACAGCGCAAAAACAGGGAGUCCUUUCAGGUACAAGGCUUGGAAGCAGAUAUUUUAUUUUUGCUCAACUCUGGUUGCAGUCUCUUCCCCUUCCUCUCCUCAAAAUGUCUGUCUUGCCUAUACCGCCUAGAUGUAAACUGUGUAACAUUUACUCAGGACAUUGCAUUUAAACACAAAAUUCAAAGAACGCACUAUUGAUUAAAGAUUAUGGGAAAGUGUGGGAAUGUAGUUUGUCAUUGUAGAUUAAAUCUUGUAAUUUGUUUGUAUGCUGGCAAUUUAACUGAAACCAUGAAUAGAAGGACUGUUAUUGUUUUUAUUGGUACAGUAUUCAUUGUACAUCCGAGCCAUGAUAUGUGUUUUUCUAUUCCCUUUUUAGCUAUUUCUGGAUGAAUUGCAUGAGCACGGACAGUUACAUUCCAUGUCUUCCUGGGUUGAAUUGUACCCUACUAUUAGCUCUGACAUCAGGUUUGCAAACAUGCUUGGUCAGCCAGGUAAAUAUUCCUUCUCCUAAAAUACCACUAUUCCAGUCUUUCAUUUAGCAGCUUUUAUACCCUUUUAUUGCUUGAUAUUUGCCCAGGUUUAUUUUUCUUAAAUACCGGUGGGUUUCCGUACGUCCCCGCUCCCCCUGACACCCCCUCCCCCCAAAUUUAAUGAGAGCGCGGCAAGGUUGCUGGGAUUUGAAGUAAGCGUAGGCACUACUACCAAGAUGGCAGAGGCCGAGUGCUCCCUAAGCCCUGAACGUGAGGUCUGAGGUGGAGCUUUGGCUGGAUAGGCCUUUUUUAAGCAUUUUGGGAGAAGUUGGAUGCACUCCAAUACCCCACAGCCUCAGAGGGCAAGCCUAAAGUCUCAUCACGAAAUCCCGACUCUCAAGGUUGACCUAUAGCCACUCGAGAAGACAGUCAGUGGGAGCCGAAUAAGGGUCUCUAAAGAGACAGCAAAACCAGUCUGCUCCCUGGACCCUGCAAACACAUAAGCUGGCAUACCUGAAUCCAUCUUACCUCCAGCCUGGAAAGGAGUGUCCGUCUCCAGGCCUUAUGUUCAUGCUGUUUUUUGUUUUGUUUUUCUCAAAAUCAAAUCUCUUUUUACUUUGCUUUAAAAAAAAAAAAAAAAAAAGGGGGGGGAAGAAAAGAAAUUCAAAGCGAUCACAAAGGAAAAGAAUCCUUAAAUAGACUUGAAAAAAUUAUUUAGAUUUUAGCUUUUAGAACUUCUUUUCUCCUGUAUUCCAAAGUACUACUACCACUGCCUGUAGCACACUCUGCCUUUACCUCCCUAUGCCUGCAGCCAUAGCCGCUUUGUGCACCACAGAAACACAUUGUUGGGGAACAUCUUAUCCAGAUAGCUAGUCUGCCUUUCUCCAGCUGCUGAAAUUAUCCCUGUCAUUCUAUUUUAUAACCUCCAUUGUGCUGUUUCUGUUUUCUUUUAAGGGCUUCUUUCCUAGAUUGCAUCUAUUUUUGGAGUAAAUACCUCUGCUUUCAAAGAACACUUCUGUCUAUUUUGUUUAAAUCACUGUUUGGAAAAUAUACACCAAUGAAAACAUGCAUGCAUUUUUCAUUGUGAGUAUAUCUAAAGAAAAAAAAACAAAAAAAAUCUAUUGUGUGCAGUCUUUGCAAAAUAUAUGCAAAUAUAAUUGCAAUAAAUCUAAUUAUCUGUAUAUAUGCAUAACAAAAAGUGCAGUGUGUGUGCUUAUACUUGCUUAUAUGUUAAAUUUGCAAACCCUGAAUUUCUAUGAAUGAGAAAAGCAAGACCCAGCGUGAGGGGGGCACUGAGGAUGGGGAUACCCUCAGGGCACUAUAGUGCCAGGAAAACGAGUUUGUUUUCCUGGCACUAUAGUGGAAUUGUGGGUAUAUCUAAAAUCAGUUUGCAAAAGUGGUAGGUUUCUUGCAUGUAGCCUCUGCAAGUCCUCAAACCAGACUUUAUAUGGCAGUUCAAUUACAAACUUCCCAAUGCAGUUCAAUGAGAAGUCUUUGCAAGGCAGGUACUCUGGGCAGUUGCUGCCUCUUGAGUUUAGCUCCACUGAGCUAAACAAACCAGGAAGUAACAGGACAAGUUGUCUACUUGACUGCCAGGGGCGUGCAACAUGGUUCAUUUGUAAAAGUGCCAAUGUUUAUUGAAAUCUGUACUUUAUGAACACACUCUUUGCACAUAAAGCACUUCAGCAAGCUUAAGUGUUUUUUGAGUCUUUUUUUUUUUAAGUGCAGACUCAAAAAAGCAAGCAUCACUACCAUGAUGAUCACCAUUUUGACACUUCUGUUGUGUAUGUAGUUAUAUACACUGUGCCCACAGGAUACCUCUUUGUUAGAGUGCAUACACUGAUCACAGGUAUGCCUACACAGUUCUAGUAUGUUAUUGCUCCUGCUCAUAGGUUGCUAGCAAGUGUAAUUACAAAAAUGCAGAUCUCUUGUCUACACCAUUGCCAAAAACCUGUCAUUGUUCCCAGCUAGUCUCCAAUAAUAUUUUCUGUGCUCCAGAGAGAAGAUUUAGCUAUAUGGAAAUGUACAGUCACACUCAUUACUUUCCCAUAGCAGAACAUUUAUUUUCAGGUGGGUCACAGACAGUCUGAAGUCUGUUGUAUUUUUUUUUUAUUUUUAUUUUUUUGCAUCAGUUUAUUUUGAGAAUUUAGCAGCAUGCAUUGACUUGUAUUUUUCUACAUAAUGUCUUAAUAUUCUAGGUAGGCCUUCACUUGUAUUACAAUUUGUAUUUGUGUCACAGGGUCAACUGCACUUGACCUUUUCAAGUUUUACGUUGAGGGUCUGAAGGCACGGUAUCAUGAUGAUAAGAAAAUAAUAAAAGAUAUUUUAAGGGUAAGACCUUUUAUUAUUCAAAUGGUUAAUCUGGCUGUAGUUCUAAAAUAUUCUGGAAUGUCGUUGAAAUUUUACUUUUUUUUUUCUUUUUUCUUUUAAUCAUCUCAGGAUAAAUGCUUUAUAGUGGAACUCAGUACCUCAUUUGAAGACUUUGUUAAUGUGAUCAGCUCGACCAAAAGAGCUACCACCUUAGACGCUGGAAAUAUCAAACUGGCUUUCAACGGUGUAAGUAGCCAAAUACAGCUACCAGAUAUGACAAUGUGUUAGAAACAACUUGCAAAAUCUAAAACAAAGAUCCAGAAUCGAUUUUUCUCAUUGGCAACAUAUUGUGACACUAAUCUUGUGUGCCACAUCAGGUGUUUAUGAUGCAUAUUGUGUAUACAAAACAUUCUCCAUUCUAAGUUUUGACCCAGCACCAAGGGACAUCGCACUGGAAGCUACAGUGUCCUUUAUUUACGAAGGCGAGUGGGUGGAGGCACUGUGAGCCAUAGUGCCAGGAAUACAGCUUUGUAUUCCUAGCACUUAUAGUAUCCAUACUAUCCAUACAUUAAUCAACCUGCUUAAAAUUGUCAGUCAGGAAAUCACCAAGCCAUUGAGUGAAUCUUUUGAUAUUCUGUUUAUACAGAAUUUUCAAAACCACUUCUAUGUUGUAUCAAUUAAACUAGAUUUAUCUUUAUGCAAAGAACCUAACACCUGUUUUAUUUAAAGUUGUAUUAUCGAUAUAUAACCCCUUUCAACUUUAGACUUUCUUAAAGGUUUACAGGUGGCUUGUUGCUGACAACGUUGGAUCAUUAGUAAUAGACAUUUGCCAUGGCAAAACAAUAUGCAGCCUUACCCAGGACAAUACUCGCUCAAUAGAGUUUAUUUACUUAGCAUCAAAUUGUAGUAAAUUUACAACAGAAUUGUAAAACUUAAAUUAAAAAAGCAAAGCUGUAACUACAGCUGGUUUAGAGUAUUUCCAAACUGGCUAAUUUGACUUUAAUUUUGCUACCUUGUUUAGAAUUGACUACGAUUAAAUGCUUGUUGAGUAUUUCCCAAUGGUUGUAAUUUUAAGGGCCAAAAAAUGAAUCUUCCACCUGGGGCAUGAGAAUCAAUCCCACAGCCUAAAAUGUUGCUGCUUGAAUGAAACAUUCAGAGUGACAUUCAAAAUUGUAGAUUCUUAUCAAAGGUGUUUUGUUAGGGGGGGGGCUAGCAAUGUUGUGUUCCCUGUGUGUACCCAGUUUUCAGAGAGGCUGAAGAGUGAAAGUUUGUUCAUUGAUAUGUCCAUGAUACUGUAUGGAAUAGUUUGUAUGCUGUUGAAUAAAUGAUUGUUUCAUAUAUUGCAGUUAUUAGAAAAAGCUGAAGCACGGGAAAGAGAGCGGGAAAAGGAGGAAGCCCGGAAAAUGAAGAGAAAAGAAUCUGCCUUUAAGAAUAUGUUAAAGCAGUCUGCACCUCCAGUUGAGCAGGAUUCUACAUGGGAAGAGGUACUAUGGGAAAACAAACAAACCGCAAAGGUUAUUUAGGAAAGUGAGAAUUAAAAGUACAUUUUAAAUUUAAGGUCAACAUAGCCAAAUUAAAAAAAAAAUUUUAAAAAAAAUCUUAGCCCGUUAUGCUUUUCGUUCAGCUACUCUGGAUUUAAAUAGAAUUCACUAUGAAUUCUCCCUUUAGCAAAUAACCCUAUUAAUGUCUAUAUUCACUAAGAAUCCCAUGGUUAGAUAAGUACCAGUGAAAGGAAGGUAAAGAUUUAUUUUUGAUAGGUUAUAUUCUUUAUAAUCCCAGAUAGCUAUGCUCUCAUUUUCUUUUUCUUUUUUUAUAAUAUAAACGUGACUUCACCCUGGGAGGUAUAAAACGAGUGAGUUUUGCCUUUUCUAGUAUCAAGUUUAGAAUCUUUGCCCAGUAACUUGUACGUAUGUGAUUUUUGCAGCAUUACAUUUAGGUAUUUGAAGGGAGGAGGAGAUUACAUUGGUUUAAUGCUCUGUAAGUGCUGCUUACAAAGCGCAGGUUUGCUGAUUUCACACUGCAAUAAAGAUAAUGCAGCAUGUGUGGAUAACAAUAUCCAUCUCUGAGCAUGAAUAUCACCGUAUAUCCCACCGCCAUAAUACAUGCACUAGUAGUAAAUACAUGUGUAAACCUAGUAUUCGUCCAUAUAACACACUGACACACUGUAGGGUUGUUAGCCGGUGCAGUGGACUUUGACCUAGAGUCUCUUGUGAACAUGGAAGCAAUUAACUCUGUGUCCUUUAUAUUUGCUGCAGGCUGUGUUGUCUCCUGAUGCCUUCCUUGCAAUGUGUGCCACCACUAGCUGACAAUGUUCACAUACAUAAUAGAAACAGAAAAAUACUGUGACUACCUUUUUAACUUAAAAUGUUACAUAAAUAUUUACGUUCUAACCUCCUUUAAACAGUAGUUCUAAGGUUAGGUUUUUGUAGAUGUCAACAAAUAAGCUAAAAAGCUUUUAAAUAAUCCUUAUCUUCUCGUACCCUCUCCCAUCUAAUCAUAUCUCUUUUGUACAUUUCUUAUUAAGGUUCGAGAAAGGUUUGCUCGGGAGCCAGCCUUUGAAGACAUCACAUUAGAGUCUGAGCGAAAGAGGAUAUUUAAAGACUAUGUGUACAUGCUAGAGGUAAGCUCAUUUGUAUAAUCUUCCAUGAACAGAUAUUUUAUUUUUAUAUAAUAUAUAUAUACACACACUCUCAAAGGAUGAAUGUCUACUUGCCAGGGCUAUAUAUUACACAAAUCACCUUCCCCUAUGUCUCUUGGAAGCAGUAAAAUUUACCAAAAAGCCUGUAAGUAGAUGUGUGAUGUGAGUUGACACAGCAGAUCAGCUCCCACCUAAUUUUAUAUAUAUAUAUAUAUAUAUAUAUAUAUAUAUUUUAUUUAUUUUUAUGUUCGAAGUUUUUGUAGGCUGCAUUUCUCCUAAAUGUGUUUCUUGGUGUCUGCAAGGUGGGUGCAUGUAUAUUCUCCAGUCUCCCUCUCACUAAAUCUUUGUCACUGUCUAUAUGUAUCACAAAAGUAAAAAAAUGAAAACCUAUUUGGAAAAUGUUAGGUUAUGCUGCAAUAAAAACUGAAUUAGUAGUUUUCCAAAAAGCACUGUGACGUCCUGCACAGACACAGCUGUAACAGCCCAUUGAUCUUUAAUCUGUGCCCCGAGAAUUAUAGCUUAGCAUGGUUUUCUAUACUCAAAUUUAGCAAAUUAAAUUUUUCACACAAAGCAUUAGAAAUUUGCAUAUCUGCAUCUGCAGAUUGUAGACGGUCACCUCUUUUUGACUGCAUUAUUUGUUUUUUUUGAUAGAAUGAAUGUCAGCAUCAUCAUUCGAGAAAUAAAAGGCACUCAAAGAAAUCUAAAAAACAUCAUCGGAAGAAAUCCCGUUCUCGAUCGGUAUGUUGUCAGAUAUGAGAUGCACAUAUUCGUUUUAUUGCCUUACGUGUUCAUACAGUCCUAACAUAAAAUUUAUUUGUUGUGGUGUUAGGGAUCUGAAUCGGAGGAAGAAGAGGAAAAUCACCCAAAAAAGAAGAGGCAAAGAUCUGACUCCCGAUCACCCUCUGAACAUUCUACAAGUGGAGAAUCAGGUACACUUUCAAAAACAUAGCCAGGUUAUUUGUAAACCGUUAGAAAAAUAUUAACAUGGCUUAAACAAAGAUACAAAAUCUAGUUUUUCCUAGAAAUGUAAAAUGCUUCUCUAGGUGAAACAUUCACCAAGGGUUGGCAUCAUGUUGUGCAUUUGAACAUGUAGUCCUUCAAGAUAAAAGAAUCUGAAGGAAAAAGGGACUCCAGAAAGCCCUAAGAGGUGUGUUUUUGGCAAAGUAUAAGCACUCUGUGUUUUCUGAGAAAUUGCAGUGUUUUAAAUUGUCAGAGGUUUUGAUUAGAUGCCUCCAGUGUACUUGUUCACAUAGAUUGAUUCCUUUAUUUUGCAGAAAAAAGCUACAAAAAGACGAAAAAACACAAGAAGAAAAGCAAGAAGAGGAGACACAAGUCUGUACGUACACUAUAAAUUGUAAAAUGAUAAUGCAUGCUCAACAAAGCGAAUUCAAGUGUUGAUGUGUGAUAAAAUGACAUGUUAAAGGAACACUCCAAGCACCUUAACCACUGUAGCUCUGGCACCCUCUAGGUAUAAGUAGGUGAAAGGUUUAAGAAUGGUUUGACAACUUACCUGUCAGACACUUGCUGCCAUCUCCUCUGCAAUCAAAGCCCUUAUUUUCUUACUUUGUGAAGAUGCCAGGGGCUUGGAGUGUUUCUUUACUUUAUACUACAGUGUUUUUUUAAAAAAAAUACAAAAAAACAAAUCUGCCUCAUUACUUCCAAAGGCAUUGAACGAUUUCCCAUCUUCAAGAUUUAAAAAAAAAAAAUAUCUAUAUCUAUAUAUAUCUAUCUAUCUAUAUCUAUCCCAUAGUUUGUGUGUUUGUUUCAGGUUGUAAGCAAACUUUAAUUUAGUCUGUUUGUGUUACUUUGUUGUGAAGGUCAAUAAACACAAUUCAAAGACCAAUACAUUUACAGAACCCUGACCAUUUCAAGAGUCAUACAAAGGGCACCCAGCAAUCACUCAUAUAUAUGUAUAUAUACUCACUGCCUAAAGGUGAAAAACAAAGUUCUCCAUGGAUUUUAUGCUAGAUGGUUGUGGAGCCAAUGUCUGCCAUUCCAUAUGCACUGAGGUCCUCCCCUCCAUAAAACUGGAUUAGUCUUCAUGCACUAUGACUUUUCAAUUCAUGUAUUUGUAUUUUGUAACUAUUUCAUCUUGUAUGUAAAUACUUUUUGGGUGGGAGAAGUGGUUACGUCCUGCAACUACUUUAUUAAUUUUUUUCCUUUACACCAAAAUACCCCUCCAACAGAAUUCCCCAGAGACUGAUGGGGAUAGAGAGCGAGAGAGAGAGAAAAAGGAAAGAGAGAGAGAAAAGGACAAAGAGAAUGAAAAAGAGAGGGCGCGUCAGCGAUCGGCUUCCAAACAGAAAUCACCCAAAAGGAAAGCUAGAAAGGAUUCUGUAAGUGUCUCUCCCCUCCCUCUCAACAAUUUUCACUUUUUAUGGUAAGCUUUAGCUCUUUAACCAAGCUUGCCUAAAAUUCGAUUUACUUCUGUGCAAUUCUAUUUUCAGUUCAUUAGAAUUUACUGAAUAAAUACCACACUGUGUUAUUGAACUAUGCCUUCUUUUGGUUAUAGCUUGUUUGUAAUUUCUCUGUUUGGAGAAGCAAAUUAUUAUAAAUUGCUACAUUUUCAUUGUGUGUGUGUGAAACUGUGAACCAAGAAUUAUGGAGGACUGACUGGGGAAUUGGAAAUUUUAUGUCAAAACUGCUUACCUGGAAAAAUUCUCUCCCGUUAUUUUACCAGAUUUGCUAUUUUGGCCUAAUUUUCAAAUCCCUUGACAAAUCUUCACAAUCCCCACUUUAGUGAGUAAAUGCUACGUGUUAAGAAAUAACAAGAAGUCCCCAUUUCCCUUGUCAUUUAUACUUGAGUUCGUUUGAUCUGCCAGUUAGCUCUAUGCAAGUGCCGGUUGUCAAAUGAAGUCAGGCUUGUGCAAGAGCUUUUCAACAAUUGUGUGUCCACGGCUGUGUGCUUUAUUUCACAAACUAAGACAGUGCAUUUAAAAAAAAAAUAAUAAUAUUUUGUUAAUUUAUUGAUUGAGUUGUAGCCUGGAAGAUUUAUUCAGGUGUAAUUUUUUUUAUUUUUUUUUCUGUUACAGGGACAGUGGGACACAUCUGGAAGCGAGUUAAGUGAAGGGGAACUGGAGAAACGAAGAAGGACCCUCCUGAAGCAAUUAGAUGAUGAUCAAUAAGAACUUCUUAAAACCAAAUAUGUUUACAAUAACAUGUAAUAAACCGCUACUUUUAGUUUGUAAUUGGAAUGAUCUAUUCUCCAUGAAUGAAACACUUGGUUUAAACAGCUGCUCUUUGUACAAGAAAAAGUUUCCUUUGAAGACAACUUGGGGCUCUUGACCAAGGUGUUUCAAUUUCAGAUGUAAAUUUUAGUUUUCAAAGAGUUGCCUUAAAACAAAACCUUCUUUUCUUUUUUUUUUUUUUUCAUUUUGUGCACCAGCUGGGUUUUGCAGAGUAGUAUUAAAAAAAUACAUUGCAUAGCCCUUUGGUACUCAAAGAACUUACAGAAUGUGCCACCAUACUUUAUGAAACUGUAAUUCUAGUAAAUAAAUGAGAUUGCCAUUAGGCUUUGGGAACAGGGCAACUGAAUUGUACUUCUGAUUUAAACAAAGUCCUAUUUUUUUAUUUGUUGCGUUUUAUUUACAGCAUAUUCCUCCUUGUUUCAGUAAUUUCUCUGUGGUUACACACAACUUCUGAUUGGAAUAUUUUUGUACAUUUUUUUAUGAAGUAUUAAAACAGUGUCUUUUAGUUUGUGCUAGUAUUUAUUCGCGACUGGCCCCAGAGUUUUACAUCAACCCGAAUAACAAAUCUAGUCCAAGCAUAAUUUGAAUUAUCUACAAUGUUAAUCUAUGAGUGUUAAAAUUAUAUUAUAAUUUAUGUAUUACUCUUCCACAGCCAGGGACGCAGUGAACAUUUUUGCAUUUACAUUUUCAUCAAUGCAUUAAAAAUAUUAUAAAUUUGGGGUAAUCCCUAUUUGGUUCCAGUUUAUCCUCUUAAUUUACUGGAAAAAAUCUACUGGUGAUGUAUAAAUGUUUUAUAUGAAACGAGUGUGUGUAUAUAUAAAAAAAGCACAACGGAUUAGCCUGACUCGUUCAGUAGGAUUUUCAACUGCUUUUGUUGCAACUGUUAUUAAAAAUUCCAGAUCUCUUUGCAAUAGACUUGUGUGUGAGCCCUUUUAUAUAACAUUAGUUUUACGUGGCUUUGCGUUUAUUUUAACCGUCGUAUCCUGCAGUACCUGAAUUGUAAAAUCUAGGAAAUGGCACAAAACCUUAAUAGCCCUAAAGUUUUCAGAUACGCCUAAUCGUUAAUGUAAUGAUAUGGAGCUGCAUUGUAUAAAGCAUGCAGACAUGAUGAAGUCUAGUUCAGGCAAAUAUUUGGAUAGGUAAAAUAUAAUGAAUACACUGAUGAAUCUGGUAUCAUUGUUGCAAAUCUGCUGGUUUCUGUGUCUCAAAUAGAUGACUUCCUG